UAGUCAGGAAGGAGUGCUAAUUCUCAGACUAAUAAAAUUAGGUUGAGAAUUUUGAGAUACGAUGUCCAUAAUUUCUCACACCUCCGUUCACGGGGUUUCAAAAGCUUCUUAAACACUUUUACAGUCUCGAAGUCUAUUGAAGUCUCGUGAAGUCUCAUGAAGUCUGGUGAAGUCUCAUUAAGUCUCAUGAAGUCUCGUGAAGUCUUAUGAAGUCUUAUGAAGUCUUAUGAAAUCUUCUGAAGUCUUUAGAAGUCUUUGAAAAAUUUGAAGUCUCUAUGCUUGAAGUCUCUUGAAGUCUCGUGAAGUCUUUUGAAGUCUUGAAGUCAGCUGUUUCCCCCUUGGGUAAUCCAUCAUCAGAAGAAAAGUUUGUUGAUCUAGACUAUUUUGACUCCCAGUUGAAAAACGUUAGUUAUUCUAUUAAAGAUAACAUUAUAUUUUUGAGUUAGUUGUUAAAUUAUCUUUCAAUAUGUUUUACCAGCCACUGACACAACUUAUCAUUGCAAAAUCUACAAAGCGCCAAACAAUAUAUUUCAUUUUUAUUUAAAUACAUCUGAAAAGUCUAUUUUUUUAAGCAUAAAACAAUAAUUGACUCAAAUUAUCGAGAUCUUGUUCAUCAUUUAUUGACGUAUGAAUGUAAUCCUACAACUGUGUUCGACGAUAACAAUUAAUCAGACGGUUUAUGUGAUAAAAUUAUACACAAAAUUACUGCAUGUAUUUCAAAUAUAGCCAGUAGAUGGACUUUUGGUGGUGAUGAUGUAAGUUUUCUAAAUUUAAAUAUCUACUCGAAAAAAAAAUGAUUCUUGUUUUCAUACAUAGUAGAGUUUCCAGCGAUUAGUGGAUAUUCAGUAGGUGGUGAUUUCGAAAUAAAAUAUAAUAUGGUUCAAAUGCAUUAUGAUAAUCCAAAGCAAAUACCUAAUCGUCGCGAUAGUUUAGGCAUUCGAUUUUAUCUUAGAAAAGAACGUCGUCAAUAUGAUCUGGAUUAUCUUACACAUGGUAGAGAUUCAAGUUAUUUUGCUAUUACUAUUCCACCAGAAACUGAUCGAUUUAUAGUUGUUAUUAUUUCAAUUAUCAAUUUAAAAAUCGUCUACCAAAACCAAUUCGGUGAUGAAUUGGCUACUCGAUUGGUUUUAGAAAUAUGA